AUCUUUAUUAAAAUUAUAAAAUAAUGGAUUCUGUACAAGCUAGCAAUCAGAUCUAUAGAAGCUGAUAUAUAAUGAAGACGAAAUAAACAUUAAAACUGAAGAAAACUUGUACAAUUCAACAAUGAACACAUGAUUCUCUAAAUUCUAAUAUUAAUUAAAUAAUCAAAAAUAACUAAUACAGUUAAGAAAACGCAAUAGAAAGAUGCAUAUAAUUCAAUUAAUCAAUGACUAUCGUAAUUAUAAAAAUAAGGACAAAAUGCACAAAAUUAAAUAUGUAAAAGACAUUAUACAAGAUUUGGAAAACUAUGGACCAGCUAGUUUAAUACACAUUGCUAUUCUGAGUAACAUACUUAAAAGACGCAUUAAUAUAUGGAAUGCUAAUGGUAAUUUGAAUAAGAUGAUUGGAAGAAAAAAAUUGGGACCAUCUAUAGAUAUUGAAUAUCAUGCAAACAAUUCUGAACAAAUUGGUCACUGGACCCUAAGAGGUAGCAAAGAUCCCGACAACGUCACUAUUGAUUUAAACAGCUGCCUUUUUUCGGUGAUUGGUUCUCAAAUCGGGCAAGAUCCAUUAAAACUUCGUAAGUGGACUGUGUUAAAACUAAAGGACAAUUUUCAGAAUUUGGUCAAAUGGUUAGACAAAAUUCAAUGGAAGGGGAAUGCAGGAGUAUUUCUUAUGAUUGGCGGAGUAAACGGACACAAACCUGAAAGUCCGAAAAAAAGUUCCAGAAAAGAAAGUCCAAUAAAAAGCCCAGAAAAAGAAAAGUACUCAAUAAGAUACCCAGCACACAGUCAGGAAGAAGACGCUAGACAGCUUCUGGAAGAUUCAGAGAACGUAGAAGGCGAAGGUGUUAAGGAUGUUAAGGAAAAUCUAAUUGGACUAAUAGGUCAUUCUAGAGAGGUGUAUGUUGAAAAAGGAAGAAAUGGAGGUGUCGAAGUUUAUACUAGGAUAAAUAAAUGUACGGAAAAAUUUGCUUUUCAGACAGAAAAAGACCAAGAUUAUGCCCUUCAUAGGGCAUUGCUAUCAAAAUCGGGUCAAGAAGCAUUACAUAAACUUGACAAUUCCACUACAUCAAGCGCAAAAAUACUUAUUUCAGAAUUAAAAGAACAAAAUGUCCCAUUUCCUAAAGCUAGCUUUUGGUAUGUGGGAAAAAAGCGACAUGAGCCAGAAGAAAUCGAAGGUGUUAUGUUAAAAUUAAGACAUCAUAUAAAUAAACAAGAAGAAAAAAAUGCAAAGCCUCAUAUAGUUUUCAUUGCCCCAUUCUAUAAAACCAGAAGAAAAAGAUGUCAAACGAUAUUACUUGAAUACCGUGAUUAUAUACAAGAACUAACUAAACAAAAAUUUGUCCUUUCAUCUAUAUUUGAAGAACUUAAUGAAAUUCUCACAAAAGAUGGAUACUCAAAAAGAUACACACCAUCCAACACGAUAGAAGACGCUAGACAGAUUCUGGAUAAUUCAGAGGGCUACGUAUGCGCAGAUGAUCCUGAGAACCCGAAAGAUGAAGAUUUUAGAAGAGCCAUGCUAGAAGCAGGCAUGUUGUAAGAAGAAGAAAUUAUGGUGUCGAUGGUGUCGAAGCUUAUACUAGGAAAAAUAGAUGUCAAGAAAAAAGUGCUUUUCGGACAGAAGAAGAACAAGACUAUGUUCUUCAUAGAGCAUUGCUAUUACCAGAGGGUCAA